AUGCUAAAAUCCAAGAUUUUUAUUUUCUCUAACAAUUUCUCAAAGUUUUAUCCUUCACCUUUCUUGAGUGUAAGACACUAUUCACUAGAAAGAGCAGGAAAUUCAUUUAACCACCUCAUUAAGAAGUUGGAUAAAUCUGUCACUGAAGCCUCUAAAAAUAUUGAAAAUCAUGAGAAGGUGAUGGAAAUAGUAAGAGAAUUCCUAAAUGGCAAAUUUACACUUGAACAAAAUUCGUUGUUUUUGUCAAAAAUAACUUCCUAUGAUAAACUAAGCCAGGACUUUUGGUCAGAUUACAUAGUAAAGUUGAAUGAUUUAUUUCGUGAGGCUGAUAGCAGGAGGUUGAAAAUAUCUUUAACAAAGGCUUCUUUGAAUGAGUUGAACAUUUUAUCAACUAUUUCAACAUGUUUAAUCAAAGGUAAGCAGGUUUCAAAACAGUUUGCAUCUUUCUUUUUGAAAUCAGCAAUGAGGAAUCUAUACAAUAUUAUACCAGACAAAAUAAAUAUAUUUAACAGCUUGAUGGAUUACCUUGUUUACUCUGGAUAUAAAGAACCUAUUCCUGAUAUGAUUUACGAUGUUUUGAUUGAAGCCUCACCGAAAAUACAGCAAUAUGAUUUAAUACACAUAAUGCAUUCGAUAGGUACUCUUGGACAGAAAAAUGAACAGAUGAUAGAAGUUUUCUCCAGAAUAUUGAAUAAUAAGAUUUCAAAGGGGCUUUUGACGAGGUUUGAAAAAACUAAGUUGGUGAAGGCAUAUUCACUAAUGAAUUACGAACACAUAACAUUCUUUAACCACAUAACAAAGGAGCUAUUGUUUAUCUUCAGCCAAAUGGAGCUCGGAAACUGUUCUAACAAUCCGCCUCCUGAAGAGGAUAAUGUUAUGGGUAUAGGAACACCCAACUGUAGUCCUACUGGAGUUAUUGUGGAUGUUAUGAAAUACAUCAGAUUUAAAUCGCAUGUGCAAAAUGAUGAGUUCAGCGAGUGGAAUAAAGAACAGAAUGAAAUGGAAGAUUUGUCAGACGUUGCAGAAGUUAAGUUUAAUAAUCAGAAGGAUCAGGUUUAUACGUGUGGACAAAUAAUUUCGAUCCUCGAUUCAAUGAUAUAUCUUAAAUUUCACCAUCUGGAGCCUGAAUUCAAAAAGUUGGUAAACAACGCAUUAAAGCACCUGUACAAGGAUGAAAUUAUAGAAAACUUCGAUCCAGAGCAGUUGAGGUCUUCAAUAUCACUGCUCGCAGUUUGCAGGAAAUCAGUCAAUGACCAGAUUCUCGAGCUUAUUACUAGGAGGUUUAUUCAGUCAUAUGUCGAUGGUAAGGCCUCAAAUUCACAGCUAUCUCUCUUUUUAAAAGACUUGGUAAAACUUACGAGAAUCGUUAUUAAACGGAGAAACAUAAGGAAUAAGAUGAUAAGUAUCACAAAUUUCGUACCUCCGAAGUGGAUAAAUAAUCCUUUACUCACAGAACAGGACUCCAUGGACCCAAACUCGAGCAGAUCAAUGAUAGAACACUUAUGCUACAAAAUCUGCGAGAAUGUCAACACGUAUUUUUAA